CCCGCGAUCGCAGUGGACCGAUGAUUGCUGACUUUUCGGGGUCGAUCAGGGCACCCUUCGAAAAGGCCAACAUCAGCGACAGUGUAGCAGCACCAGUCAGUGGGAAGGUGGAAAAUGGGACCACUUUUCCGGAUUAACUUUCGUCGCAGUAGGCCAUGCUAGGUCGCACUUUCUGUGUCUUCCAGCCUACUUUGAUCGACAGCACCAUGUUUCCGGUGGGUGGAAAGUGGCCUGAAAGAAGAUUGGAACGCAGUGAUCGCAUAGUUGAUCCUACAUAUUCGGUUCAACCCUUGGGAAAGUGGGCAGGGAAAAGUGGUAUCCAUUUUCUGACUUAUUUUUCCGCACAACUUGGAUUUUCUCACACACAUUAGUUCGCAUGCCUACAUGUCAUGUCACUGUCGUUCGUUCGCCAACCAACCAACAGGCCAAUAUUCCGUGAGUAAGUUUGGGUGGUGGACACGGCUGUGUGUGGGUUCCGAGCCGUCAGUGCUGUUGCCUGCUGGUGCUGGUACACUGCUCUGGCAAACACUCUCGCUCUCGCUGUCCUCAGCGAAAAGACGAAAAUCUGGAACGAGCACUAGAAUAAUACAAUACAACAUCCCUGGAUCUUCUCUCUUUCCAUCUCUCUGUCGUCUGCGAAUCUCGUCGAUUUCCUGUGCACUGGCUGAUCGUGAUCGUGGCUGCCCCGGAACGGAACAUAUCUCGGACGGACCUGCAACCUGCAAAACACAACACGUCGCCAUCCCGAAAACAUCCCCUCUCGAUUGCUGCUGGGUUGACUCAUCAUGAUCCUAGUAUGCAGCAUCUGUGGAGCAUCGCAUUACACCCAAAAUUGUCCAGAAUAUGCCAAGGGAGAUCAUAUCGAAGAUAAGCCCUCGCUUAACCUCUCAAGGUCAUCGGUGCCCAAUGGGCUGCUGAUCAUGGAUGCGGCCGACGGAAGUAGCUGCGUCGUGACGUCACAGAAGUUUGCCAAAGGGACGCGCUUCGGGCCACUGUUGGCGCAAAAGUCGUACGCUCCGAUCAAGAACAUCCCGUUUCCGCUGGUGCUGUUCGCCACACCGUACUACUACGGGAGCGGUGGUGAGCUGGACUUUGACUUGCAGACCCUGUUCAACGGGCGGAACGUGUACCUGGACACGCGGAAUACGAACAAGUGCAACUGGAUGAUCCACGUCAGUUUGGCGAGGUUUUCCAACGAGCAGAAUUUGAUUUGCUAUCAGGAGAACGAUGAAAUCUACUACACAGCAAUCAAGGACAUCGAACUGGGUGACAUCCUGCGGGUUUGGUACUCGCGCAGCUAUGCAGCCAAAAUCGGCGCUGCCCUGUUGGAACCCAGCCCGUACGACAUCUGCAACAACAUCCUGCGAUCGGUCAGCCUAGACUACGGUCUGAAUCUGGACCAGAAUCAGAACUAUGUUGACAGCUUCCCGUCUACGUCCACCGCGGGACCAAUUUCCCAGUCUGCCAUGAUGACCGGCGGCGGCGUUGGCAGUGGCAAUGAUGUGAACAACAACAACAACCCCACAACGACAAUCUCGACUUCCGGGGAGAUGGUUUCGAGCUAUGAUAAAAUUUCGUUACCACCGAUCGAUAGUCUCAUGAAAACCAGCUCACCCAAGUACCAGUCCAGUCACUAUCACAUGUUUGAUCUCGACUUGAUAGCCUCGGGCCACGUGUCCAUGCAGCAACAGAGCUGCGACGACUACGGUCACUUCAACCCACCUUCUGCGGCAGCUAUCGCGCAGCCAAUGAUCCAUCACUCUAGUCAGCAUCAUGUUGCUCCGGAAAUGCAACAGCAACAUCAUCAUCAUCAGCAUCAACAACUACCUAUGCAACAGCCACAACAACAACAACAGCAACAGCAACAGCAGAUGGUUCAUUCAACAUAUGCCAACUAUCAGACGCUUCCGGAGGACACCCUGAGUCCUGCGGAUUUGAUCAGCAUUUCGCUGGGGGCAAGUGACAUGAACAUUACGUUCGACUCGUUUGGGACGAAUAACCUGCUGGGCUACGAUGGGGGUAGCAGCAGUGGCAGCAAUCUAGGCGACUCCGGGAUCAGCAGUGUGGGAUUCGGUGGGUUCCAAGGGGGCAUGGAAAGCAAGCUGCACAGUCGAUAUUCAUCGUCCACGGAUUCGUUGGCCACGCUGAAUGAUUCGCUGGGAAUGGUUCCACCGGCGACACCCAAUCUGACAUCGUCGACGGCGCCGUCGAGUGGAACCGAUCCGGAUGCGGACAAGAAGUACCCGUGCGAGAUUUGCUUGCGGAAGUACAUGACCAAAUCGAACCUGGACAAGCACAUGCGGAAGCACAAUCUGUUUCUGUGCGUGUUCUGUAUGAAGCUCUUCCAGUUGGCGGAGGAACUGAAGGAUCACGAGUGCACCGAGCGGAAAUCCAAGACGGCCUACCUGCAUUGUCCGAAGUGUUUGAAGGUGUUGUCCAAUUCGUGGUCGCUCCAGCGUCACAUGAAGAUUCACAAGGACCCAAACGAGAGCGUUCUGAUGGGCAGUAUGGAAGAAUCCACCACCGACAAGCUGCUCAUGGAACCGAAGGAGGAAACGGCUUUUGACGAGAUUGAACCUACCCCUUUGGAUGAGCUGAAACCGAGCAUUGAUCCACUGGAGGGUAGCAGCGGUGACGGCAUGAUGAUGGGGGACGAAACUUGUGAUGUCAUGAAUGAACCGGAUCCGAUUCGGGUUCAGGAAAUGGAAAUAGAACCAGAGUACGAGGCAAUCCAGCAGCCUAUGGUGGUUGCCGCGGCCAGCACGUCAACGAUUCCGAUUAACAACACCACUUCCAGUCAGGACAUGAUCACCGAUGUGCAAGCCCCCAAUGGCAAACAGCUGUACAAGUGCAUCGUGUGUGCUAAGCUAUUCAAAAAUCCCAACGCAUUGGAGAAGCAUUUGAGAAAGGUCCACACGGUCUACACCGUAUCGAAUGACUACAAAUCGGAGAAGAAAGUUAUGACGCAAAUCAAUCAGAAGAAAACUUCCCCGAUAAAGCCAUCUAUUGCCAAGGCAUUGGCGACAAAGUUGACCCAAAAGAGUAAGAAAAUGGAAGCGGCUGCAGCCAGCGCCGAGUCUGCAGUCAGUCCCAGUGUCACAGUCACUCCGGAGCAACCGGUUCACGUUCCACGGCAAUACAACAAGAAGAAACAUCUGAAUAAAGUAGCCACAUCUUCAAAUGCCGGCGGCAUGCAGGUGUCUCCGCUGUCGGUCGCACCGACGAUUGUCACCAGCAGCUCGGGGCCAACCGCUAGCAGCACUCCGAACAAGUCCCACAGCAUCAUCAUCAUAUCCAACCUCGAGUUGACCAACAACAACCUGAUCGAUACUAGUCAACUGUUUCUAAACCAAAACACCAACGCUCUAGGCAAUAAGAUAGAUCUUAAAGUAUUAAACUCAACCGACAAGUUACCAAAGCUUGUGCCAAUCUCGAAUCAUCACCAGCCGGCAUCGAUUCUUCCACCAGCGACACCCCAGUCGGUCCCAACCACUCAGUUCCAGGGUGCAACAUCCAUCCCUACGCUUCAUCCAACCUCCGCUCUUGAUGGGCUGAACGCCAUCAUCGAGAGCAGCGGAAUUGUUGAAGAGUCCAACCAGAUGAUGACCGAAUCUUCUUCGCUGAGUGGCACCGGUGAAACGCAACUCCUGACACUGUCUCCAAUCAAAAACAGCAACAGCAGCGAAUCACAGCAAAUGAUCUCCGUAGCGGACCGAACGCCUGACUCGAUCAACAACGGUUUCCUCAGCCCGGAAGAACUCUCCACGGAUGCUAACGACAACAGCAGUAGUAACCAAUGCUGCGACGGCGAUAGCGAUAACAGUGCCCAACUAACCCAGUCCAGCUACCCGUGUGAGGAGUGCGAUAGGGUCUUUCCCAAGAACUAUCAACUCAAGCGCCACAUGGAGAUCCAUGACAGCACCUACUACAUGUGCCCAUACUGUGACCGAUCGCCGCUGAAGGCGAAAACCUCUGUCCGCAAGCACCUGAACACGGUCCACCCGGAGCGAGCCCCUGCGAAGGAAGAAAUGAACAAAUUCAUUUCCACGCUGGUCGUCAAGGACGAAAAGAUCCUCCGAGAGCUGUACGCCAAAAACGAACGCAAGAUUAGGAACAAGUGUGCCAAACUGCAAGCGAAACAGCUGCAACAACAGCAACAAUUACAACAACAGCAUCAACAGCAAUUGCUGGAGAACAGUGUCGGUAUUGCUGAGCAGCAUCCAACUACGGUCGCAACGAGCACGGCGGUCAGUCACGUGGCGGCGAUACAACAGCAACAGCAACAGCAUGAAGCGCCAACUGAAAUGGCGAAUGUUGCUCCGGAGGAGAUGCUGAAUGCCUACCAAGGCAGUCAACAACGAUCGGGAGGCGGCGAACAGCGGAACGGUUCCGAGCAGCAUGUCUUCCAAACGGUUGAACAGAUGAAUCGGCAUGGAGAACGGGUUAGUGCAAAUGGUGGUUGUAAUGGUGAGAUCAAGAGCGGAGAGGAAGAAAGUGCUCUGAAGCGGAGAUCAUCCGAGGAACAGGUAAAUCAAGGUGGUCAAGGUGGUAGUAGUUUAAGGGAGGAAGGUAAGAAAAUCAAACUCGUAGAUGUUAAUGGGUCGGAGGUGCGGUACAUCGCCGCGACAACGAUGGGUGGCAAUGGGACACUGAAAUACCUUCGGAAGAAAUCGCUGGGUGUGGGCGAGGGCAGCAGUAGCAGUGGUCACUCGAUGCCACCGCCGGGCAGCAGUAGUGGCUCCACGAUGGACAAUCAGAUAAUGCUGGACAAUCUGUUUGAUAACAUUUCGAUCGAAAACUACGAGUUUGACGAUAACACCUCCAUUCAGUCGUACAAUUUGAUCGACGAACGGUUUAAGACUUCGUUCGAUCAGAUCCAGGAGAAGCUGGACGCCGAGCUGUCGUUCGACGAGGAACAGCUCAAGUGGCAGAACAAUCUGAUGACGAACGAUUCGUCGAACGAGAUUGGCGACAAGCUUCUGAACGUGGAGGAAAAUAUUAUGCUCAUUUAGAUGCGCUGAGAGAGGAAAGUGAGAUGAUUCGAGGAAGCAGCGGUUUUUGAUGUCGUUUUUCGUUAAAACCGUUCAAUUUAUUUGCCACCCUCCCCUCUUAUUUAUUAGCAACUAAGGGUCUAUGAAGAAGUCAAGUGCUAUUUUUUUUUUUCUGUUUCGUUAACCGGCUUUAAGUGAAAAUGAAGCACUAUUUAUUAUGCAUAUUUAAUGUAAACUAUUUAUUGUAGUUCUAAUGUUCGCGCGUGUGUGUGUGUGUGAGCAUGUGUGUGGAUGCAGCAGGUUCGUGUGGACACAACGGAGACUAAGCUAUCCGGGCGUUGAUCUAAUCCAAACUAGGAGUAAGCAGAAAAUUCACUAUAUACACCUCCUACAACACGCCCACUAAAUAAUAACAGAUAAGUUCUAUUUAUCUACGGAGACUUUUACUUCCCUUCUUGCAUAGGAUUAAAUCGAAAUUAUUGGACCGUAGCAGCUAGAGCUAGCCAAUCGUGCGAAGUAGUUUCCAGAGAACGAAGUUUGUUUGUCGCGAAUAGCAAAUACGCACAUUAUUGUCCCAGAUGGAGCAAAGGAAGUUCAAGAAAUGCAGCAGGAACUGCACAAAUUUAUCGAAUUUAGACUAAUUUAUCAAAAUUGUUCAUUAUUAACCGAUUACGAUUCGUACGUGUUUGUUGUAGAAUUUUCGAGAUGGUUUUUAUCAAGACACAUUUGUUAUUAUUUUUCCUUUUUUGCCGUAACCCUGGACAGUAAUUAUCCGAUUUUAUCAGCCCCUCCGCGCAUCAGACGUUUAUCUUUCAAUAAUUUCACAUAGCCCUUAUUCCAAAUAUUUCUCAUUCAUCUUUAAGAAGGAUGUUUAAGAUAUUUAGACUUGGUUCAAUGAAGCCACUGAAAAAUGCGCAUGAUUUUUCAAAAAGAUGACUGACCAUAUCGGGUCAUUGCUGUACAUUGAUUAGGGUGACUUUUAAGACCUACAAGAUUUUCUUUUCCAAGUCCUAGAACUUUUUUUUUUCUCAAAUGAUUUUAAUGUAAAAAUUUACCUUUUUCCGGCUGCUGAUUUUUUAGACCUCGAAUUUUUGUUUCAGGUCGUGGAAUUUCGCAACUUAUUUCAUGAUACAGAAUAUUGAAAAAAAAAAAUGAUGCUGGAUCCUCAUUUUUCCCAGAUCUCUAAAUUUUAAUGUAGGAACAAUCUUAGUUUGGAAAGU